AUGGGUACCGACAAGUCGAUAGCUUUACUACAGUUUCGCAAAAGCUUUUCACAAUCGUUGAAAGAAACAAAUGGCCGAGUUGGUGAAACGGUCCUAGUCAAACUGCUGCCAGAAUUUAACAAACUGAUGCACACUUUUACACCUGAUGACCUUGUAGCACAGUUCAAAGAGUCUUCUGAAUUUCUACAGGUCUUGAGUGAGGUUUUGGUUAGGGAGAUACGAAAGCUGGCCAAUAAUGAGAACAUUGCCCAGGCUGCUUUGGCCGUUUAUGGAUUGCUGAAGGCUAGUCCGCCGGAUUCAUUUGGCUGGUCGAUUGUUAAAAGCGUCAGCUUUUUGAUCAACAGGUAAAUAUGGGUUAUGAAGUGAUUUUUUAGGGCUGAUAUUGCUAUUUUUUAAGGGAGGGGUAAAAAAAUUUUUUUGGGGGGGGGGGGGGGUAAAAAAAUUUUUUUUCAAAACAACAUUUUUGUUUGCAUGAAAUCAUAAUAAUAUUAACAGAUUUAGAAAAAAAUAUUACAUUUUCCCCCUCCCCUCCCUCCCCCUCUCAAAAAAAAUCCACCCUCCCCCCCUCCCUAUGAUGAAAAUAAAAUUCAAUCAUUUACAGCGGCCAAAUCCGCCUCCUCGACCCAAUCUGCAAAGCCUCAUUGCCAAGCACGCUAGUCAAAGUGUUCUACCUCUUCUUCGACCUCCCAAUCGAUGUCGAACCGGCCGAACUCGAGAUCCGUCGGCGCCUGUACGACUCACUCGUCAUGUUGAUGUGCUCGCUAUGUGCAUACGAUGUUGUAGCCGAAGAACUGAUCCAACGUGACGACAUGGUCCUUCUCUUUCUUGGCGCCGCCUCCACCAGCCAGCUGGACGAACAAAUCUGGCGCGACGCCAACUUUACCUUCUUGUGCACGAUAGUACAAAGGGCAAUGAAUGAGUCGGUACUGAAGUAUAUUCAUAGCAAGGAUUGUGUUGGGCAUUACAUGAAACAGCUGAGUGUUGGGAAGGUGGAUGACAAUCAAAUGUCGAUUUUAUUGGCCAAUUUGAUUGACUUGUUGAAGAUCUCGGCCGAACAUACGACGGUGCUGAUUGAUGGCUUUAUUGCUCUGGAUGGCUUCAAUGUUGUGGUGGAGUUUUGCACGAAGUAAGAUCUUAUCCAUAUCAAUCUUAAAAAUUUUGAAAAAAUUAAAAACUUGCCUUUUAUAAAGAAAAAGAAGUAAUGGUACUUACAAAGCCAGUACCUACAAUAAUAUCACUAACUAUAAUAAAAACCGUCGUUUAAACUCUACUUUUUGAAUUUCACGCCAUAAUAAGGCUCAAAAGGCUUUAAUAUAACACAUAUAUUCAUAAAAACACAUUGAAACACAAUGCCAAAUUUGGCGCGAAUUUAAAACUCAAAUUUUAAAAGUGCAUAUUUGGAUCCUAUUUUCAUAAUAAAUAUUUAUCAUUGUUUUGAUAAGUUAAAUACAAAUUUUCAGCUUAAUUCAUAAGCUUAUCAGAAAUUUAUGGCAGUUUGAAAAGUCUUUUUUACCCAAAAUCAAGGAAAAUUCCUCUUUUUCCUGCUAUUUUUUAGUCUCAAAAAGAUUCAAAUCAAGACGAAUAGUAAAUGAAAUGACAAAACACAUUCCAGAGCUCCACUAAAUUACAUCAAACCCUUACUGGACGCAUUAGUAACAUUAAUAUCAGCUGGAAAUCAAACUGUAAGCCUCACAAACCCACAAACUCCACUUUCCUUCUACCCUUUCCAACUUCAGUCAUCGUUAUCCCGAAGCACAGCGACUGUUAGAGUACCACAAGCAUUUCAAGCUUUAGAGAAAUGUUUUUACGAAGGAACUGAACCGUUAUGUUUGCUGGUACUUGAUCAUGUUGCUAACGUACUCAAAGCGGAACCAAUGAACUACUUUAUCUUGGAUAAGCAAUAUCCAUUAUACUUGUUUGUUGAGAGGAUGAAUGUAAAGUCUUUUGAAGUUCAGGUAGGUUGUUAUGACGUCAAACGGGAUGUGAAGACGGUAUUUUACCUUGUUUUUGCGUUGCAUUGGUUGCUAUGACAUGUCCCGCAACGAAAAUGCAAGGUUGCUAAAAUUUGUUGGCCUUCUGUUAUUCGUCAGAUAAAUGAUAAAAUUAACGACAAAUUAAUGUUUUUUGAUAAAUUUGAUAAAGGAAAACUCUUUUUUAAACUUUUAAUUAUUAAGAAUCAAUCUUUACACACAAAACAUCAUGUACAAUACAAUAAUUAACCAAAUUUCAGAAGAAAACCUUGUCCAUCGUUGAAAAUGUCCUCCGAAACCUCAACUUUAUCCCAUGCAAAGAACUCACAUCCAUUAACAAUCAUCUUAAAACCGCGAUCAAAGAGAAUGACAUCGACAGGAUCGAGCUGUAUCAACAUUUCUUGUUCGGCAUAAUAUCGGCCAAUGUUUAUAUAAAGGAUGCCUUUCGAGAACUGCUCCAUCUUGAAAGCUUUUUGAGUAUCUUUCUGAAGAAUGGUGUCGGUAAGUUUCUUUGUUAUUUUGCUUUGGUUUUUAGGUUCAUCUUGAGCUCUGGUUUGCCAAAAUGAGCGAAAGAAUGAAAGAAAAUCGGUUUUCUGAUGUUAUAGUAGCCAAACCGAUGAUUUUUCACCUCAAAACGCUUCAUUUUUCAGGUUUUGAUGCCUUAACUGAAACCGAGAAGCAAUGUACACAAAGAGCAUUGGAUUUGUUAGUCACAACCACCAAAGGCAACACUUUAAAUGCUCAAUUUGUAACCGAAAACAUUGAGAUCAAGGUGAUCAAGGAGGUUUUGUCCAGUAAAAGCGAAAAAGCCGAGGAUUUUCGAAACACAACUCAUGUUCUGGUCAAGAACUUGUUGUUUUCCGCCAAGAAUGAGCAGCUUUUUUCAUCUUUGUUACAGAUUCUGUUCAGUGAUCCUGGAAACCUGGAGAUGUGCAUGGUGAUAUUGAGGUAGGUUUUUGUGAAGACUAUAACAAUAAACGUUCAAUUUCAGGCUAUUCUCAUCAGUCUUACUAGAAAGUCACAAAGUCCGAAUCAUGUUCCGCCGAAGCGGAGGCUAUAUCUGCCUGAUGACAUUACUACUUCAACUCGAAGGUUCACUUCACUGUACAUAUAACAAAACCAAGCUGGACGUGGAAAUCCGCUCCACCCUCAACUACAUAUCCAUGAUAUUUAAGGUACUGACAGUUUCGAUGCGCUACGAGCCUUCGAAUGCUAGAUACUUCCUCAACGAAGUCAAGGUUAACAUCGUCAUUUCGAUUCUACGGACUUCUGGAGCCUUUUCGAAGACCGAGAAGAUAUUGUCAGGGAAGGGCGUAUGGUUCAAGUUGACACCACAAGAUUUGCAGAGUAAAUUGAAGGUGGUGCAUUCGAUCUUCGCUGAUGAUAAUAUACUACAACAGGAUAUUGAGAUGAGUAUGGAAGUGUUUGCGGCGCUGUAUUUGAUCAAAUUGCUGUUUGAGUUGGGAAUGGACGCUUUUGAUAAGUAAGGAAAAGGAUAGUUGUUCAAUUGAUUCGGAAAAUGUUUUAGUUAGUCUAGGGUGUGGUAAUAAAAUUUAAAUUUCAGACAAACCAAUGACAUUCAAUGGGCAGGCUCGGACUGGCUGAAAACCGCCGAAAACAUAGAAACCAUACCUCUAGUGACCUGGUCCCGGUCAGUAAUUGUUCAUCCAACAUCAGUUUUGUGCAUUCUCCAACUUUUGCCUUCAAUCGAGGGCGCAGCUUGCCGAGACGGACCAUUAGACGAAUGGUCAGCAAUCGGCCAGUACUACUCAGCACUACUUCUGAAAGCUCUGUUAAGGCUAGAAAGGAAUCAGCAGAUCAUGUGCGAUCACAACAUGCCCAAAUACCUACUCGAUGUAGGUGAAUAUCUAUUCAAAUUGGAGAAACACCUCCUACUGCCACCUUUUCAUUACCUAUUCGAGCGAUUGGCUUGCCAGUCCAUGCAUCCAAGAGAGCUGAGGCAUUUCCUAAGGCUGGACAAGCCCUUAUGUUGUGUGAAUUUGGAUGAUGGGGAUGAGGUGAAGGAUGAGGAAGAUGGUCAAAGUGGGGGACCGUUACCUAUUCAUAGGUAGGAAGUUUGAUAUUUUUGAAAUUUUUAAAAAUGCUUUUGAUUAAAAAGGCAUAAUAUUGAGUAUUUUUACCUUAAAAACCUAUAAAAACCGUUUUGGCUUGAAAGAGAGGCAUGUGAUACGAUGAAAUAUGUCUCAUCGUAUAACUUGUCGCCAUUAACAAAUGAGAAGUUAAAAACAUGUUUUUAAAGUUGAAACGAUAGUAAAAUCUAUAGAAAAGGCAAUUUAAAAAGAUUUUUAGUAAGUUCAUCAACGUAGAGACAUAUUAUACGAUGAAACAUGUUCUGUCUUACAUGUUUCAGCGUACAACUUGACCAUGUGUAAUUUGAGUAUGAAAAAAAAAGUAUUUUUAUAGUAGAAAUGGCGAUAUAUGUUUUUGAACAUUAAUUUGAAGAUAAUUUGUAGUGAAUUUAUGUUUAAGGAGACAUGUUAUACGAUAAAACAUGUUUUAUCGUAUAUACAUGUUUUAACGUAUAACUUGUCACCCUGGUUCAAAAAAUAUAAUUUAAAAUUAAAAAAAUGCAAUUUCAGACUAAAAACAUCAAUUUCAGAGUAAAAGCUCUCGUGUCAAUGCUAACACCCCGAAACCACGCCCUAGUCCACCCGCCAGCCUUUGUCGAGUUCGAUAUGGCAAUCGAAGGAUUUGCCGCCCUAUUCAUACCAUCCUUGGCACAUUCAUCAACAAACUCAUCAAACAACACGCCGGACAGACUGUUCCCACCAAUGAAUGGACUAACCUUCAUGGCUUGGCUCUACCUGGACGAAACCAACAAAGGAACCUUGCAUCAGAGCACGGACGUCGGUCAAGCCGGCUACUUCUCGAACAUCGUGAGGCUAGUGACGAUUGUACGGAAUGGAGAUGGCGACAUGGUUUUUAAUGGGCAGGUAAGGGUAUCUUGAAGGCUAGGGUUUUGUUUUUUAUGGCAAGAACUGACGGUUUUAUUUAAAAAUGACAUGUUUUUUGGUAAUAGGGACAAGUUAUACGAUGAAACAUGAAACGUUAUAGCCUAGAACUAAAGCUAGAAAUAUCUAAAGCUACAAUUAUCCGUUUCCUUUCAGACUCAAACCCAACACAAUCGGAAUUCCAUGGCCAAAGAGACGCCAGCCCUCGAGAAUCAGCUCACUUGUCUCUACGUUCACUUCGACGUGUCAGAGAAACAACUUGUCGUAUGUACUGAAGAGCACUCGAUGCUGGACGAGCUCCGCCGCGACUACGUACCACCAGCACCAUCCGACACCUGUGCUCGAAUUCCCUUGCCAGACAAUGUGUGUGCCCUAAGACAAUGGACUCAUCUCAGUGUGGUGUUGUCACGAAGCCUUCUGAAGCCAAGCCAGAUUGAGGUCUACAUCAACGGUCGACUUCUGGCCUCUCAGAAGCUGAAUUACAUCCAACCAAACGUUGGUGGAGCUCAGGCACAGAUUGUAGACUCACAUUCGGUCCACGGAUUCAUUGGAACACCACCGUUCUUGCGCAGAGUCACACCGUUACGCUGGAGGAUAGCUUCAACGUAUCUGGUGGAGGAGGUAUUGACCAAUGAUACGAUUCGGAAGGUUUACAUGGCUCAUCCUCAUUAUGUUGGCAAUUUUCAGGUAGGUUUUGAGUUAGAAAUAUUGUGUGGGUUAAGAAAUGGCAUAAAAAUGAUGGUUUUUAGUCAUUUUUGUAAAUCGGGACAAGUUAUACGAUACAACAUGUUUGAUCGUAUAACAUGUCUUUUGAUUAUUAAAAAUGACGAAAAAGUUCACUUUAGGUUGUAAAACAUCGAUUUUGUUUGGAAAAUACAAAUUUCAUGUCAGGUUCUAUGCAAGGCAACAAGUUAUAGGAUGAAAAAUGUUUGAUCGAAACAUUUUUGAUCGUAUAACAUGUCGCCUUAUUCAAAAGUUAGUACUAACAGUUUGUUGAAUCAUUUCUAUGGUAUUAAAGUCUAUGAAAUUGUUAAAAAACGUAUUUAGGCGGUUUAUUUGCGAAAAAGUGACAAGUUAUACGAUGAAACAUGUACAGCGUAUAAAAUGCAACGUUUUUUUUCAAAUAUGACUAUUUAUAUUUAAAAAAUGAUAAAUUUUGAUUAAAAAUGAACUAAAAAGCUUUUGAAAAUUAUUUUUAAAAAUUAAAAAAAAAUUUUGAUGCUUUUAGUGCAUCUCCGACCAAGCACCAUUAGUACCAGAAGAGAAGAUCCUCCUAUCACUAACUGCCGCAUCUCAAACCGAAUUCACACUACAAGCCUUCAGAUCAAUGACAAGGCGAGUAGACACAGAGUUGUGUGCAUCACUGUUAGGCUUAUCACCCAAUGACAACUCGACCCCAGUCCGCUUCCUCUGGAACUGCUGCAAACACGCCCCAGGCCCUCAACGAAGCCUGGGCGCAGCCGUAGUCGGAUACCUCGGAAUGCGAACCUUCAGUCCAUCACCAGUAUCAGCCCUACUAGACUCGAUCGGGGGCGCCGCACCGCUCCUAGGCUUAAUAGCCAUGUGCACCGACUCUCAAGGCCUAUAUGCAUCACUGAAGGUCCUGGUAUCAGCCGUCCAAACCAACAAAGCCGUGGCCGAAAGCAUCGAACGCAACCGUCUAUAUCAGACUUUGGCAGUUUUGCUCGAAGAGAAGAUCUCACUGGUCAAUUCUCACAUAUUACACUUGAUUCUGUCACUCGCGGGCACCGUGGACUUGGCUAAAGAAGUUACAGUAAUUCCAAGUCAACAAACCUUUGAGGAUUUACUCUGUGAUCUGGAAUUGUGGAUGGGAGCACCGGAUGAGGUCAAGAAGUUGUUGUUUGAGCAUUUUUAUGAAUUGGUUAUUGAGUAAGUGACAUGUUAUACGAUGAAAGGUGUCUAAAACAUUUUAUUGUAAAAUUUUAAAAAUUUUUUAAUUACUUUUUAAAUUGUGUUAAAAAUGAAAUUUACUUUAUUUUAGCAGUCACCGUGACAAUCUGGCCAAAGUGCGCAACUCCACCCUUCUGAAUCGCCUUCUACUACUAGUAGCCGAACGCCCAAAGACCUUUGUAGUCAAAAAUGACAUUAUCUUCCGCUUGAUCGGAGCAAUUAUCCAACCACCAUGUGAUUCAGCAUCUUUGUUACGAUUCGGCCAAGCAUUAGUGUCUACAUUACCUACACAAUCACUCAAUUCUGGAGAAAAGUCGGUCGAAGCCGGGUACCCAUUUCACAUCUCGGAGCUGGAAAGACUGCUGUUAAAUCAAUGUAAUGGUAGUAAAGAAGAAGAAAACGAUGACAGAAUGGACGCGAAUUUGUAUGCGAUCUAUGUUAGAAAUAAGUUGUUGAACAUCUUGAGUACUACGUUGGCUCAUACCAGUGGUACCGUCAAUUCACAGUGAGUUUUUGAGGUUUUUUUGGUUGAUUUUUGAAAGAUCUACUUGAUGGAGUUAGCUAAAAGUUAGUAUAUACAGGCAUUAGGGCAUGUUGAACAUUUUUUUAAUAUAAUUUGUUUGGUAAGAUUACUGUAACAUACCCUAGUUUACAUUUUUUGUGAAAUUGUUUGACUUUUGGAAUUGAAAGUUGGUUUUCGAGAACUAUAGGUGUUGAGAUUAGCUGAAAGGUAGUAUAUACCGUUGUUUUAGGACAUGGUAUACAUUUUUUUAAUUAUAAGUUUUCUGAUAGGAUUACUGUAACGUAGAGUAUUUCAAAGUUUUUGUGAAAAUGUCUUUUUUUGAAAUUUAAAAAUUGAUUGUGACCAAACCAAAAGACGGAAUAAUUGGAAAAUUGGUACGUAUUGGUUCUAGCUUAUGUGGAACAUUUUUCUAAAUACAAGUUUUUUGGUAGGAUUACUGUAACAUAGGGUAGUUUAAUUUUUUUGAGAAAAAGUCCGUCUUUUUACGUUUUCGGCUGAUUUGUGGAAAAAUUAAACCUAUUAAUAAACCGAAACUUUGUAUACUUAGGCUUUAGAACCUGCUAAACAUUCAUUUAAUUACAAGUUUUUUGAUAGGAUUACUGUAACAAAAGGUAUUAAAAAUUUUAUGUGAAUAAGUCAGUUUUUUUCGAACUUUAGUGCUGAUUUGUUACAAAAUAAAAUGUUGGUAGUAGUUGAAGUCAGUGUUUUUAUAGGGUUUAGGACAUGCUGUGUAUUUUUAGAAUUACAUGUUUUUUGGUAAUAUUACUGUAAUGUAGAGAAAUUUUUAAAAAAGUUCUAAAAAGUAAAAAAUCGCUUCAGGUUAUGCGAGAAUGUGGUCCAAACCCUCGGCUUUGGAUGGAUAAUGACCCUCUGUGCCCCAGGAAUCCAUACCAAUACAGUAUUCCUAGCGCUUCGUACUCUGCUUACCGUAACCAAGUAUCAACCAUUACUUCAAAAAUUCCGUGAAGGCUCGGCGAACAACGGCUGGCUACAGGACGCGGAUUCUGUGCUUCGAAACCGUGCCGCCGUCCUUCUCGGCUUCUCUGUAUCAGCUCACGGUGGAGCAGUCGGCAGUCACGUUGAUGUGAACCCGGAACUCUCAUCAGUCUCGGGGCUAGCGGCUUUGGAACAGCUGAUCUGUGCUCACGCUGAUCAGCCAUUUGCCUACCUGGCAGUGCUGGCUUUGCUUUUUAAUCAGCACGAUGCUAACAUUCAGCCAAUCGAAGAGUUUAACGUGGACCUCAUCUGGAGUCAUGUGUUUGCCUUAUCAACCAACAGUAGCGUAUACGAUGCUAUAGCCAAGGUAGAGUACUGCCCAGAAGCGCUGAUACCGAUCAUAUCAAUGCUACGUGCUGGUCUACACUACACUACGGAGGAUGGUAGACCGGUUGAUGAUAACCAUUGGAGUAGAAGCUAUCCCAUCAUGGUGGUACAGUUACUGUCUUUUUUGUACCAGAAUCUGGAGAACUUUGUACCUUUAUGUCACAACGAAACGUUUGUCAUAAGUCUGUUUACAUCGUUGAUACCACCAAGGUCCCUAGCUAAUACUCCUCAAACUGGUACACCUGUGACUGGUGCACUACCUGCCAAUCAAAGAUGUGCUAAAAGUGUACUGGAACUACUGGCUAACAUACUGCUGAAUGAUCUUUGCUUACAGUAUGAUGACUACAGAACUGAUUGGUUGUUUGAUCAUCUGGUUGAGGUAAGUUAUCACUAACUUUACCUCUAUUCUUAAUUCUACACUACUUUACCUUGCCCUACCCUAAUCUACCCUACCCUACCCUACUCUACCCUACCCUUUCUUACUUGCUUCAACUUACCUCAAUAACCAUCUUAUUUCAGUACCUAGAAGGUGGUGGAGCCAUGCAUUCCUCCCAAUCCUCUCUCUUCACCGAGCUAGUCAACACCUGCCUCGAUCAUUUCAUGGCAUCAGACAUGUUCUUCACCAACUCCUCUCUAAACAUUCCAAAAUCGACCGAAGGUCGGCUAAACCCGACUUCCGAACAGACAGCCAUCAAUGUGGUACACUUCCUGUCGCGGGUCAUAGACUCUGUUUGGAACUGUUUGUACCGAGGGAAUCCGGUCAAAAUUUUGAAAUGUUUUUUGAAAUUACUGGCCGAAAGUCAUACCGCCAACAAGGCCGCCGCUCAACUCAAUUGCACCGAAACUCAUCUGAACGCGCUGUUUAGGAUCGUACUGUAUCUGUUGAGUCGUCCUAUUGAUAAUGUUGAUAGUAAGUGCAUGUUGUGGUUAUAUGGGGGAGGGGGGUUUUGAAAAUUUUUAAAAUUUUGGGGAAUAAGGGACAUUUUAUACGAUGAAAGGUGUUUUUAGAGGGAAAAGGACAUUUUGCACGAUACAGCAUGUUUUUAGUACCAAAAGGUACAUUUUAUACGGUGAAACAUGUUUUUGAUAAUAAAAGUGACAUUUUAUACUAUAAAAUAUGUUUUAGUAUGAAAGUGACAUUUUAUAGUAUGAAACGUGUUUUUGGACCAAAAGUGACAUUUACAGUCAAAAAACUGUUUGUUUCAACUAUAAACACCUUAUUUCAGCUCAAACCUCAGUAGUAGACACAUUGGCUGAAAUCAUCCGAAAUCAACACAUCUUACUCUCCCAAAACAGUAACAAUCAACUCUACUAUGGGGCUCUAACACACCUAGUUUUCAUGUUAAGCGAGCCUCCAGACAUUCAAUCAACCAACAAGCAUUUGGAACGAGGCUCAGCCCAAGUCUCAGUCUGUGCCCAGUCCGUAUGGGGUAUACUGUGGCAACAGAAGAAGGCCUUGAUGGAAGAGAUAUUCAAAAGAAAUGUUGAGCUAGACUUAUAUUCAGCUCGAGCAGCUUGCGGUGAAGUGGCCAACAAGUACUGGCUUCAGUUCGUUGAUAUCCAAGCUCAAGGUGGUGCUAGUACGAACUCUGGACCUCAAUCAGCAUCAUUGACCUCGAGUGCAAGACAAGUUGGCGGCCAACUUCAACAUCAAAUACAGUCGAGGUUGUCGAGGGUGGCACGGUCUGGAUUCAAGAGAUUGACUUCGAGGAAGAGUUUGAGCCAGGACAAGAUUUUCUUUCAGGUAUGCUUGGGGAUUACUGUAGAGUAAGGUAAGGUAAGAUAAGGUAGGAUAAGGUAAGGUUGGGUAAGGUAGGGCUAUGCUGUGUAGGGUAAGUUAGGGUAGGACGAUAUUUCGUUGUGGGACGUUAGCUGAGUCUCUGAGGCCUUCCUUUGGUCUUCAGCACUUGGGCCCAAAAGUGCCGACCUAGCCCGGCCUCUUUUAAAUUUGCUUCGGACCAGCCCAGCUCGAUUCAGGGCUUGGCGUGGGUAGAAAUGUGGAAUGGGCCUGGCCUAAUCUUUAAGCUCAGCUUGAUCUCAAUUUUGCUCAGGCCCGGCCCGGUCCGAUUUUUUACUUACAAACGGCUCGGUUUGAUCUAAAUUUGUUUCAAGGCUGGCCUGGUUCGAUCAUCCGCCCGGCUCGUUCCUUAUAUCUAGGCCUGAGUAUUAAGCCCGGCUUGUUCUAAAUCUUGCUCAGGUUCGGCUUGGUCUGAAUUUUUUUACGUGCGAAUGGGCCGGGCCUUGGCUUUGAAACCCGGCCCGUUUCUCAUGCCUACCUUUCAGGCUUACAUGUAACUCAACACAAUUUCAGCCAGCUCAAUUUCACUACGAACGCCCGAAAGUCGAGCCAGAGACUUUCCAAAUGUGGAUGAGAGUCCAUGUCAGCUUACUAAAAGAGCUGAUGCGAACUCAAAAACAACGCUACACGGAAUGGCACACCCAUGUCCGCAAGUGGUGUAUGCAGGAUUGGCAUUUGGCUGAAGCUGAGCUGACUAGAGAACGAGGACUAUGGGGACCGGAGAGAAAGUCCGAGUUGGACAAGUACCAAUUGGACACGACUGAAGGACCAUGCCGAGUGAGGAAGAAGUUGUUGCCGGAUCCAACGUUUUACCAAAAGUAUCCGUACCGACCUCAUCUGGAUGCAGUGGAAACGGUAGGUUGGGAGGGUGGUGGGGGAGAUAUGUGGGAAGGGGGUUGGGGGGUUUUUGGGCAAAAAGAGGGUUAAAAUAAUUGUAACAGAACUUGUGGCACACCCUGUAACAUGGAUAAGAUCAAAAACUUCUCUGAAUACUUUAUAAAACGGUAGUAAUAGGUGUCGACAUAAACAACCCGCCAUUUUUUACACGGAAUUACAGGCAAAACAUGGCGGGUUCUUUAUGUCGCCACCUAUUAUAACAUCCACAGUACCUAAUUCAUUUCCAGAAGUCAGUCCGAGCCAAAUUUGCCUUAUCAAAGGACUCCAAGCUCUACUACGAACGAAUGAAAAACCGCAGAUUCCACACGAUGGACGAAAGAAUCGUCGACCGGUCGCAACCAAAUGCCACUUCCAAUGGCACCUCAGAGCCAAAUAUUGUACUAGACCCAACCACAGAGCUGAAUAUAUCAAUGAUCAAACGAAUGGUAACCAAGAAUGUAAAAAUAAACGAAAAGAAAGAAGACAAUGAAGAAGAUCAAGUAGAUGAACAUGUCAUAAAAGAAGACGAGGAAGAGGACUCGGAUUCGCUGGACGAAUCCGAAGCCAAGGAUAAGGCAGAAACAGAAGAGAAAGAAGAAAAAGAACCCGAAAUAAAGGCGAGAAAGAGUAGUGUGAACAAGGAGAAGGAAGAGAAGAGUCAGAUUGGCAAUGGACCUGACAAUCAGACGCUUCUAAGGCUUCUGGAGACUGGAGAACAACUUCAUUCCAUGUUCAGAUGCGCUAGGGUACAGGGCUUGGACACUAUUGAAGGUAAGCAUACAUUUUUGGUUAGGCGGGUUAAAACGAAAGGUUUGGAAGGGGAGGGUAGAUAAGCGAGUAUGUAAUUUGAUUUUGGUUGGGCGGGGUAAAAUGAAAAAAAGUUUUUUUUAGAAGAGCAGGGUAAAGCAAGCCAAGGCAGGAUGCCGUAGGAUAGGAUGGAAUCGGAAACGCAGAGAACUGAUAGGCGAGUAUGAGAUGUAAUUUGGCAGGACAGGGCGUGGUAGAAGAAAUUUUUUGUUGGGAGGUGUAAAAAUGUGAUUUUUUUGGGCGUGGUAAAAUUUUUAUUUUGUUUUUCGAGCAGGGUAAUUUUUUUUGGGCAUGGUAAAAAUUUUUUCUGGUGGGGAAGGGAGGAGGGGUGAAAGGCAUUUUUUUUGGGCGGGGUAAAAUUUAAUUUUUUCGGCGUGGUAAAAGUUUGUUUUGGUGAGGAAGGGAGGAUGGGUGAAAGACAUUUUUUGGGCGGGGUAGAUUUUUAAUUUUUUUGGUUUGGUAAACUUUUUGUUUUUUUUUCGGGGGAGUAAAUUUUUUUUUGUGUGAACUGUCCUUUUUAGGCGGGGUAAAAAUAAUAUUUUUUGGACAGGGUAAACUUGACAGUUUGGCAAACAUUAUACAGCUAAAACUAUUUUUUAUUAUAAAUCAUUGUUUAUUACACAGUAAUAUUCACUACAUUGAUCUUCGAUGAAGCUUUGUGCAAGAAGCACAUUUUUGUCAACUUUUAAAUCUAAAAAGUGGCAUAAAAAUUGAAUUUAUGAAUAAAAACUUACGGUAAUCACUAGAGUAACAGGUAAAAUACGUAUUCCUUAAUAUUUCCCGCUUAAAAUCUCUUUUAACUUCAUAUAAAUCAUUAUUUUGGUACCAUGUGUCAAACAGCACCAUUAACACAACAAGUAGCAAACUCAAUAUAAUGUCGAUUUUUGUUGACGAAAUCUUGAAGAUACGAUACAUGUUUCUAAAAAUAUAGUGUAGUAUUAAAGUGUUGACAUGGCUAAUCGUAUGAAUCACGUUUUGGAGUAUUUUCCCUUUUGUAAAUCAAAAAUGCAAAGUAUUCGAAUGGGUUUUUUAAUAAAAACAACGUUUCACAUCUUUUGUAAUGUGAUCAGAAGGCUCCAACGUGAUGAAUAUUCGAUAAUGCAUUCAUAUUGACGUAGUGAGAAAAGAAGGGUAGGAUAGAGCAGUGUAGGGUAAGUUAGAGCGGGGUAGGGUAGGAUGGAGAAGGGUAGGGUAGGAUAGCGUAGAGUAAAGUAAGAUAGAGCGGGGUAGGGUAGGAUAGAGCGGGCAGGGUAGGGUAGGAUGAAGUAUGGCUUGGUAAGGUAGGGUAAAGUAUAGUAACGCCUGGUAAGGCUAAGUAGGGUAGGGUCAGGAUGAAGUCAGGGCAGUUUGAGUGUCUCUAGGGUGAUAACAAGGCUAGUGUUGAAUGAGUAGAGAUUGAAUGGGGUUACAUUAAGGCUUUGGUAGAGCUAACGUAAGGUAGGGUUUGGUUAGGUUUUGGUAGUGAUAGGGUUGAGUAGGAUAGAGUAAGGGUAAGCGAACAUGCGGAAUAGGGUAGAGCAACAUGUAAAUCUGGUCGGGCUACGGUAGAGCUACAGUAAGGAGAAGGCAGGACUGUAAUGGAUAUAAAAUAGGUACUAGCGUAAUGCUGUUGUAGGGCUAUAUCAGAGUUGGGUUGGAUAACUGCGACAAAGUUUGGUUAGAAUAAUAAUAAGAAAAAAUCAUAUGGCCAGUGUUUUGCCGUGUCCGGACCGGACCCGUCCGCGGACCGAAAAAAAUUUUUUUAAUUUUAUUAAAAAAUUUUUUUUAUUUUAUUAAAACUGCUUUAAAAAUUGCAAAGAAAACAUAUUUUUAAGUGUUUUUAAACGUAGAGAAAGCAUUUUUUGCGCUCUUUGCUUUUUAAAAAUAAAAAAAAAUUUUUUGCGGACCGGACCGGACCCGAAAAUCGCCGGACCGGACCGGUGAAAAACGCUCCGGACCGGUCCGAGCAAAACACUGCAUAUGGCAAACCUUAUGAGUACAUUACACGUUUUUGUGAAAGGCUAGUUAAAAAAUACUUGGCUAUAACUUAAAAAUUCAUAGAAAUUUGAGUUUAUAUCACCUGUCGAUGUUUAGUUCUCUUCGGGUCGUUUGUCGCCAUUUAAACUAUAAAUUGACUUUAAUAGAUAUAUAAUAAGUUAAGAAAUGUGUCUAUAUAUCAAUGAAUUAACGUAUUUUACCUUCAGGCCUCCUCCUCUUUGGCCGCCACCACUUCUACGUCGUCGAUGGCUUCACUCUUCUCAAAACUCGUGAGAUUCGUGAUCUCGACUUCCUGCCAGAACAAUACCAUGAUCCCAUCAUACCCUACAUGGCUAUGGGCUCCCAACAUCGUACUUCAACCCGUGCCAACCGCCAAUGCAACAAAUUUGCGUACGAAGACAUUCGCGACGUCCACAAACGUCGCUACCUCCUCCAACCCAUCGCUCUCGAGCUGUUCAGUGGCGAUGGCCGCAACUUUUUGAUCGCAUUUCCAAGAAAGAUCCGCGACCGUGUCCAUCAGAAGCUGUUGACAUUGGCCAGGAAGAGUAGUACUGAAGAGAAGGAAGGUACCGCCUUUUUGGGCCAGAUCCUACCGUUUGGGCAGAGUACUGUAACACAGAAAUGGGUCAGAGGAGAGGUGUCGAACUUCAAUUAUCUAAUGCAUCUGAACACACUGGCUGGCAGAACCUACAAUGAUUUGAGUCAAUAUCCUGUUUUUCCUUGGAUUUUAAAGGUAAUUUUUGAUUUUCUGGGAAUGGAAAGAAAGUUCUUGCCAUUUUUUGUUUUGUAAAGAAAGUUCUUGUCGUUCUUUGUUUUGUAAAGAAAGUUCUUGCUAUGUCUUCUUUUGUAAAGAAAGUUAUUGCCAUUUUAUUGAAAUCAAGCAAAGUUUCUUAUCCUGCAGCCUGCGGAUGACAAGUUAUACAAUGAGGCUAAAUUUAUGCGAUUUUUAGUGUUAACGUUCUAGUUUUUUUUGACAAUUUUUGAAUUGGAAAGAACGUUUUUGCCAUGUUUAAUGCCUUUUGAACAUAUUAUGUUAAUAAUAUAAUUUUAGGACUACGAAAGUGACUCCCUAGACCUAACCAAGCCUUCAACAUUCCGUGACCUUUCAAGACCAAUGGGAGCUCAAACUCCAGAGAGAUUGGCACAAUUCCUUAAAAGAUAUAGAGAAUGGGACGAUCCCAGUGGUGAUACACCGCCAUACAUGUAUGGUACUCAUUACUCAUCAGCCAUGAUUGUACUGUCUUAUUUGGUACGGCUGGAGCCAUUUACUCAACAGUUUUUGAAACUUCAGGUAAGGUUACUAUAGUUUUUUGGAUUGAUAGGGCGGUUUUUAAUGAGUUUAAGGGGCUUGGUUACCGUAGUAUGGUACAUUUUUUUAUAUUUUAGUGUGGGAGUUAAAAAAAAGGGGGGGGGGUAGGGUGAUUAGUAUAGGUAGGGGCAGGUAGGAUACGGUAAGGUAAGGUAAAGUGAGGCAGGGUAGGGUAUGGUAGAGUAAGGGGUUAUGGUAAGAAUAGGGAUGGAAGCAGGGGCAUGAGUAUUUUUUUAAAUUGGGCACGGCAGGAUGUUGAAGGGACACGGGGGGGGGGUAUGAUUUGGAGGGUGGGUAGGGGAUUUUUUUUUGUUUUUUAUUUUUCUUGCUUAAUAUCUCUCCCGUUCUCUCUUUUCUACCCGGGCCAUAUUGUUUUUUACCCCGCCUAACUUUUUUGUAUAUCUUUACCCCGCCCAACUUUUUUUUAAUUAAACUUUUUUUUGAUUUUGUAUCCAUCCCCAUUUUUUUCGUUGUCUACCUCAUCCGAACUUUUUUUCAUUUUUACCCCGCCCAAUUUUUUUAUUGAUUUUUUCUUCCGUCUCCUUUAUUAAAAUAAUUCUUACGACGUUAUUUAUAUCAAACUAAUUAAAAAUCUUAUUCUAGGGUGGUCACUUUGACCUCGCCGAUCGUAUGUUCCACUCAGUCGGCGACGCCUUCAAAUCAGCGGCCAAAAACAAUAUGGCGGAUGUGAAAGAGCUGAUCCCAGAGUUCUUUUACCUACCCGAGAUGUUCAAGAACUCGAAUUCCUACGAUUUGGGCAUAAAACAGAAUGGCAUAGCGCUGAACGAUAUUGUACUACCGGCUUGGGCUCAUUCGGAUCCAUUUGAGUUCGUGAGGAAGCAUAGAGAAGCGCUGGAGAGUGACUAUGUCAGCGAACAUCUACAUGAGUGGAUCGAUCUGAUCUUUGGCUUCAAACAGAACGGAGAUGCUGCCAAGUAGGUUUUUUGUAAAGAAAGUUUUUGCCAUUUUUUGCUAAAGAAAGUUCUUGCCAUUUUAUGUUUUGUAAAGAAAGUUUUUGCCAUUUUUUGUUUUGCAAAGAAAGUUCUUGCCAUUUUAUGUUUAAACUUUAAAUUUAAAAAAACAUUUUCAGAGAAGCCAACAACGUCUUCCACCACUUAUUCUACGAAGAGAACGUCGACUUUGAAUCCAUCGAUGACCCCCUAACAAGAAAUGCCACUCUCGGUUUCAUCAACAACUUUGGUCAAACCCCCACCCAACUUUUCAAAAAACCACACCCAGCCAAAAAGAUUGCCAACCUAGGCCAAGCUUCCGGUCUGACGGACCGCUCCCAGCCACUUGUCACAGUCCAGCCCACCAAAGGUGUCACCACCCCCAUGACAUUUUACCACACCCUCGAGACCCUAAGGCCAUCGACGAAGCCAGUCAAGGAGCUGCGAGCAGCCGUCGGUGAUAUACGAAUCAAUGACAAGAUUCAAAUUAUUGUCAUGGAGCAGAACAAGAUGUUGAUCCCACCUCAUACCUUCAUGUCAUGGGGCUUCAACGACCGGUCGAUCCGCAUGGGUCAGGUCGGAAGUGACAAAAGCAUUUGCGUUCUCGAAACCAACGAUGUUUACGAAAUUACGUCGAUGGAAACGGCCGAUGGACGGCUAAUCUUUGCUGGACUAACCACUGGUACUGUUCUAGUAUGGACAUUGGACUUAAGUGGCAGAAGAAGCUCAGUAGAGAGACGAAGAGGGUCAUCUACUACAACAUCAACACUAGCUGCAGCUGCUUCAGGAGCCACAGGUGCGGCAGUGGCUGGAGUGGUGGCUGGAUCUCAGCAAGGACAACCGAUCAAGUCAACAUUACCUCCAACAUCUUCAACUUCAUCCACAGCUUCGAACUCAGCUUCAAAACGACCAAGACUUCGGCCGAAGCAAGCUCUAGAUGCUCAUACUGAUGUGGUAACAUGCCUAGCUGCUUGCCCAGCCCACAACUUCCUAGUCAGUGCUUCAAGAGAUCAAACAGCCGUGAUCUGGCAUCUAACUCAAUUAUCAUACAUCAGACAACUCACUGGACAUCAGAGUGCAGUAACAGCGCUAUCAGUUAAUGCCACGACCGGAGACAUUGCUACAGCAGCUGGCUCAUAUCUACAUUUAUGGACGUUGAAUGGAGAUCCAUUAUGUCAAGUUAACACGGUGGAUUCAGGCUUAUUCUCCAACCCAUCUAGUUUAAUAUUAAGCCUAUCUUUUUCAACUUUUACUGAUUGGGACCCAAAGAAUGUGAUCAUGUGUGGAACAUCUGAUGGACUGGUGAAGAUCUACUCGAUUGAGCUAAGGAAGGUAUCAGAAGACGAAGAAAAAUCAGAAAGAAGCAAUUCAGUAUCAUCCAACAUUGCCAACGAUCCAACCGCUCUAAAAGAACACUUCCUAAGACGACAAAAACGAAUCCAAAGCCAUCAAACCCACUCCUUCAAUUCAAUGAAACUCAGUGUAGACACCUCACAUGACUCACAAAUGUCAUCCCCACUACACACUCCAUUAUCGGCCAAAGCAACCUUCACCGACGACGAAAUCGACCAAAAACAGGAGACCGAUUCGACCAAUAGUGACAGUUCUAACAAGAAGUACAAGUGGAAAAGACAUUGCCAGCUGCGGAGGAUUCUAACUGAACAUACUGCCUAUCAUAGCGAAAAUAAUCGACCAGCCCCAAUCACCGCCAUUUUCCCAUCCAAAGAUCAUCGGCAGAUCUUGGUGGGUGAUGGUGUGGGCAGGGUGUGGAUGUGGAGCAUCGAUUCUGGAAACAACAACUCUUCACAAGGUAAGGAAGGGAAUUUAUAGAAAACAUUUUAUAUUGAUAUUUGAAAAUCAUUUUUUAAUUAUCAGAAAUUAAUUUUCCGACCGAAAAAAAGUUGAUAAACCUCUAAAACAAUUUUUUUUAUUUUUUAUGAAACUAAAAAUUAAUAUUGUGACAUUUUUAAUUGAUAAUAAGCUUGAAAGCUUCAAAAAACUCAUCAAAAACACAAAUUUCUAUCAGAUAGCAAAUAAAGCCAAAAAUGCUGUCAAAUCAAAGCCUUUCGAAGCCAUGCGUCUGUGGUGUAAUGGUCAGCAUGGUUGCCUUCCAAGCAAUCGACACGGGUUCGAUUCCUGUCAGACGCAGACAGCUUUUUUGGACAAAACACGAAAUUCUAUUGCAUAUACUAUCUGUAAUGAUGUCUGUGAAAGCAAAUACUAGCAUUAAUUAGGUCUGUAAAGGACGAAAAAUUGUUUCUGGACACAAAAAGUUUUGGUCAAGUCGCGAAGAAUGUUUUUUGCCUAAAUUUUGCUGUUGGUACUAAAAAAACAACCUAAUUCUAACAUUAUAAUAGUACUAUUUUUAAAGUUUUGGUGUGUUCAGUAGUUUUUUUUUAUUUUACUUUUACUAAAACUUCUAUACAACAAUCCUAACUUACUUAAAACUCAAUUUUAACUCUAUCUUAACCCUUUCCAACUUCUAACUUUCCGUUAAAGAACCAGUACGGCUUCGAAAACAGCCGUCAACAGCAUCAACCGAUCGCAAUUCUCUAAACUCGUUAUCUUCGAAACUAUCGACUCAAGUUUCGGACGAGGAGAACCGAAAUCAAUGCCCGAGUUGCCACCGGCAAUUUGCAAUUUCCGGCCAGCCGCGUGCUGUAGGGUCGCAUUGUGCUGGCGUAGCACAGUCUAGACUGGAUUGCAAAAAUUGCGGACAAUGGUUCUGCGAAAAGUAGGAUAGGUGUAGUGUUGUGGUUUUAGUUAUUGUUGUGGUUUGGUGUUCUAGUUAGUUUAGGCUUGUUUUUUUGAUUCUUUAAAGUCAAAAUUUGGCGUUUCUUAUAAAAAUUUGCAUAUUGUGGUAGUGGUGUUGUAUGUGUGGAACAUUGGAUGGGCUGGAAACUUGUUUUAGUUUCUUAUUUUUAUUUUUUUUAAAGUUUUACUUGAACAAUAUGAAUUAGAGCUGGGUUAGGUAUCCAAGCACACUUUUUUGAAAUCGUGCGUCUGUGGUGUAAUGCUCAGCAUGGUUGCCUUCCAAGCAAUCGACACGGGUUCGAUUCCCGUCAGACGCAGGCAGCUUUUUUGUACAAAACACGAAAUUUUAUUGCAUAUACUAUCAGUAAAGUUGUCUGUAAAAGGCACAAAAAAAUCUUUUUUGGACACACAAAGUUGUGGCCAAGCCACGGGGUCUUUUUUUGUCUUUUUUUAGUAGAACACGCAACUUUUUUUUGUUGUACAAGUGUAGUAAACCGUAUUUGACGUUGUGUUACCUCUUUUAAAGCUUGGUUUUAUAAGUUCAAAAAGAAAAAUUUGUUGUUUUAAGGUCAUUGUCAACGUAAAGUAUAAUAUUUGUAAAAAAUUUAGUUACAAGCUAUUGGUGGCAUUAUAUGUAAUGCUUUAAACAAAAACACUUUAAAACAAUAAAACUUCCUAUUACAAAACCCAACUUUCAGCUGCAUCACAAACGAAGUGAACACUCGUUUAUCAAAUCAGCGUAUUCAAAUUUGUCAAAAUUGUGCUGCCAACCUUAAGCGGCGCGCCUACCGCAAUUCAACCCUAUAA